AUGGCCCGCGCCAGACCCGACGAUGUUUUAUUGUUUCGGUUAGCCAAGGCAUGGCUUCUAGCCAUCGCUCUGUCACUGACAGCAGCGACUGGCCAAAAUUUGAAAGCAUCGCAAAGAGAUCAACUAUCAACAGUCAGAGCAGAAUUGCCCGAUUCCGUCAGGCUCCCGCGGCAAGUACAGCCAUCUCGUCCGUUACUGCUGUACAACGUUCUAACAACCCCACAGUCACCUGCCGUUGAGAGACAUCCACGAAAACGGCAAUUAGGCGACCUGGGAGCCAAUUUCCAACCGCUAACGUUGCCCCUAAGCGGCCAGCCUCAUUCGCCGUUACAUCGAGCCACUUUCGACCCCAACACCAAGACCAGCAUCGUUUCCCGGAUCAACGAACCAGCAAAACAUGUGAUCGAACCACGAAUUUCGGCUGAAGCGUCGCAUAUCACUUUUCUGACGCCACAGGCCGUUUCUACGCGCCGAGCUCACGGAUUCGAUGGUCAUUCUUUUUACCAUAGUCACAACCAUCACGGUGGACAUCAUCAUUCUCAUCAUCAUGGACACCACGCACAUCACGAUCAUCAUGCCAAACAUAAGCACGAACAUGGUCACAAGCAUCAUAGUGAACACGAACACAAACACGGACAUGAACAUCACGUUGAGCAUAAACAUCAGGAAGACCACAAACAUCACCAUGGUCAUCAUCAUCAUCAUGGACACGAUCACCAUCAUGGUCACAAACAUCAUUCCGAUCAUAAACAUCAUCAUGGACACGAACAUAAACACGAACACGGUCAUAAGCAUGAACACAAGCAUGGUCACGAUCAUAAACAUCAUGGAGAACACCAUCAUCACCAUGGCCACCAACAUCAUUCGAAACAUGAACAUCACGAGGAACACAAACAUCAUGCCGAGCACCACCAUCAUCAUAAGCAUCAUCAUCAUAACGAACAUCAUCAUCACCACGAUCAUCAUCACGUUAAUGAACAUCACCAUCAUCAUACUCACAAGGAGACCGAGAACCAUCAUCAUCACCAUGGACACGAUCAUAACGAACACCAUAAGCACGGCCACAAGGAGGAACACAAGCAUCAUCAUGGACACGAGCAUAAACAUGGACAUCACGAAGAUCACCAUCAUGGCCACCAUGAGGAUCAUCAUCAUAAACACGGACACGAACAUAAACAUGGUCAUCAUUCGGACCAUCAUCACAAACACGGGCACGAACACAAGCAGAGCCAUCACGAGGAACAUCAUCAUGGUCAUCACGAGGAUCACAAGCAUAGUCAUCACGAGGACCAUCACCAUAAACACGGGCACGAGCAUAAACAUGGUCACAAGGAAGAACAUCACCAUGGACAUCACGAAGAUCAUCAUCAUUCCCACCAUCAGGACCACAAGCAUAAUCAUCACGAAGAACACAAACACGGUCACGAGCACAAAGAAGAACAUAAACAUGGACACGACCAUAAGCAUCACCACGAUCAUCACGAAGGACAUCACCAUCACGAGCAUCACAAACACCAUGCAUCCCAUGAACACAAACAUGGUCAUUCACACGAGGAACAUCACAAGCAUUUCGACGAUCAUCAUCAUAAACAUCUUCACGAUAGCCAUCACAAACAUCACGAAGGACACCAUCACUCUGCUUUCGAGCAACAUGGACAUUACAAAGGAUUGGGACAUUACGCUUUUGAUGCUUCUCAGAAUCACGAAGAAUAUGUAUUUCCCGAAGAGAGUGAAACGGUCGUAGUAACACCGCAAGUGGAGGAUAUUCUGAAGAUUAAAAAGGAAGCGGAAAUAGAGAAAACUACCGAGCAAACGACAACCGAGGAUCAAACAUAA